AUGUUGCCGGAAUCCGGCGAUAGAAUCCGACCAUCGUCGCCAGAAUCUGGUCAGCCCAGAUUCCGGCGACUGUAUUCCAGCCGGCUGGCCAGAGUGGCCGGCCGGCCGGAUCUGGCCCGAUUCCAGCCUACUGGCCCGAUUCCGGCUGUUCUGGCAGAUUCCGGCAAGUAUGCCGGAAUCUGGAACGAAGCUAAAUUUAUUGAAAAAAUCGUACAGAAAAUCUCAAGAAUUGUAAAUCACACAUACUUACACGUUGCCAAGCAUCCGGUGGGAAUAGAGUCUCAUGUACAAAAAAUCAGUUCACUUUUAAGUAUUGAGAUGAAUGAUAAACGACAUAUAGUAGGGAUCUUAGGAGUUGGUGGAAUUGGUAAGACAACUAUUGCUAAAGCUAUAUACAACUUGAUUGCUUCUCAAUUUGAAGGUAGUUGUUUUCUGGCAAACGUUAGAGAAACUUCUAAGCAAUAUUCCGGCCUGGUCCAACUACAAAAUACAAUUCUUUCAAACAUCCUAGGACAUACUGUGAAGGUUGACAAUGCUUAUCAAGGAAUUGCUGUGAUAAAGAGAAGGCUUUGCUCUAAAAUGAUACUCCUUAUUCUUGAUGACGUGGAUGAUCAAUUGGACCAAUUAGAUAAAUUGGCUGGAAACGUUGAUUGGUUUGGUUUAGGAAGUAGGAUCAUCAUAACGACCAGAGACAAGAAAGUAUUGACUAAUCAUGGAAUAGAUGAUGAUUUAAUAUAUAUGGUGGAGCAAUUGGGCAGCACCGAAGCUUCUGAGCUCUUUUGUCAGAAUGCUUUCAAAGAAGGCAAACCUAGUGAAGAUUUUCUGGAACUAGUGGAAGAUGCAAUAAAGUAUGCUGGGGGCAUUCCGCUAGCAUUAGAAGUGCUAGGUUCACAUCUGUAUGGUAAAGAUAUACAUCAAUGGAAAAGUGCAUUGGAUAAGUACAAAAGAAUUCCUCCUGAAAGUAUUCAAGAAACACUUGGAAUAAGUUAUGAUGGAUUGCAUGAAAAUGAGAAGAAUAUUUUUCUUGACAUUGCAUGUUUUUUCAAAGGAAAGCCGGCAAAUUAUGUUAUUGAAGUGCUAAACAGUUGUGAUCUCUUCCCACUUGAUGGUAUCAAAGUGCUUAUACAGAAGUCUCUCAUAACCAUUGAUGAGGACAACAAAUUGGCAAUGCACAGCUUAUUGCAGGACAUGGGUAGAGAAGUCGUUCGACGAGAAUCACCUGAAAAUCCUGGCAAACGCAGUAGGUUGUGGUUUCAUAAAGAUGUUCGUCAUGUCCUUGAAGAAAACACGGGAACAAUCACAAUUCAAGGCAUAUUGGUAGAUUUUCCUGAAGGAGACAUGGUGCACUUGAGUUCCAAGGCAUUCAAGAAUAUGAAGAUGCUUAGACUGCUUAUAGUUAACCCUAGUGCAUGCUUUUCUAGAGGACCUAUUUUUCUUCCUAAUGAGUUAACAGUGCUGGAUUGGCCUAAUUGUCCUUUAGAAUCUUUUCCAUCCAAUUUUCAUGGAGCGAAACUCGUUGUUUUAAGAAUGCCUGGGAGCCUCCUCAAGGAGUUGAAAGGAGUUGAGAAUUUUCGAAGCACGACAAUUAUGAAUUUCAUGUCUUGUAAAUUCUUAAAAAUGACCACUGAUUUUUCAAGGAUUCCAAAUUUAAGGGAAUUGAUUCUUGAUAGUUGUACAAAUUUAGUGGAGAUAGAUCAUUCUAUUGGAUUUCUUGAUAAGCUAGUUUGGUUGAGUCUUGACUUAUGCUAUAACCUUAGCAGUUUUCCAAGAAACCUCAAGUUGCGAUCUCUAAAAUAUCUUAAACUUGGUGGUUGCAAAAGGCUUAACAACUUUCCUGAAAUCGAGUGUGAGAUGGAGUGUUUAAAAUGCAUCAAUCUAUUUGGCAGUGGUAUAAAAGAACUGCAUUCAUCCAUUCGGUACCUUAUUGCACUUGAAAGGUUAGAUCUAGAAGGUUGCAAAAACCUUAUGAAUCUUCCAAGCUGCAUUUAUAUGUUGCCACAUUUAGAUCAUCUUAAUCUAAAGGGUUGUUCAAAACUGGUUAAGUUUCCUGAGAAGAUGGGGGAUAACAAACAAUCCAUGCCUUCUGCUGUAUCUAAAAAGGAAUUGGAAAUUUCAUCAUGUCUUGAAUUGCUCCCAUUGCCACCUCCUACGAACUCAUCAAGUGUUUCUAAUGAUGGUUCUUCCUCUAUAGUUUUUCCGGCACUAAGAAGAUUGUGGCUUGCAAAUUGUGUCCUAUUAGAAUCAAAUAUCUUUAGGAUAUUUAAUUGCUCCUCCACAUUGGAAGACUUAGAUCUAUCAGGGACUGCUAUUGUUACCAUUCCUGCGUGCAUCAAAAGAUUUGUUCGCUUGAGGAGACUCAACUUGGAUAAUUGCAAGAAACUUCGAGAAAUUUUAGAACUUCCACCAAAUAUAGAAAAUGUGUUUGCAAGGUGGUGCAUGUCAUUGAAAACAUUUUUCGAAGAACCACAAAGAUCUCAAUUAUUUAAUACAUGGUGCUUACGAAAGCAUUCUGCACCAAGCCUUGUGGGUAGCGGUAUAGAACUGGAGGGAUCUUCUGCCAAUAACAUUACUCCAGAUGGCAAAGCUCAUUUUGGAGUUGAUGUUUCUACUGCAAUCUGUCAGAAUGUGCAGACUCUGCAAACACCUCAGCCAUCGAGGGAACAUCUCAAGCGUCAUUACUUUAGCUUUAUAAUUUCGGGAUAUAAGAUUCCACACUGGUUCAACUAUCAUAAAGAGGUUUCAUAUCGUAACUCAUGUGAAAUAGAUAUUGAUGAGCCUGCAGAUUUUGAUGGGGAGAUCACAGGAAUUGCCUUCUCUGUUGUUGUUACUGGAGUAGAUCAUGGAAAAAUUUGUUUUCUCAAAAUUUCAGCUUCAAUCAUCAGUGGUGGUGUAGAAAUCUAUCGUGGUGAUGCAUCAUAUAAUAUAUUGAACUCAGAUUUCGUAUGGUUGCAUUUCCAUUAUCCAAAAUCUUUUAAGCGUAAGGGGGAUAACGAUCAUCUGCGAGUCAGGUUUUAUUGCACGAUGAAUUCCAGGUCAAUGCUUUUUAAAAGUUGCGGAUUCCAUCUGAUACGCAGGUAUGAAGAGAAGAAGAUAGAUUUAACGUAUGAUAUUUGAUAAGUGUUGAAUGUUACACAUUUAAGCCAUUUAAUUCACAUAUGUUAAUCUCUUAGUUUUGUUAUA